AUCACUAGGAACCUGGCCGAGGCCAUUGAUGCCAUUUUCAUCUUUGCAAGAGAACGAAGCAUGAUGUUCUGGGCAUACUCAAUAUGCAUUAAUCAGGCAGACGAUCAUGAGCGUGGCCGACAAGUUCGACUCAUGAAUCCAAUAUAUUGUUUGGCGGAGAUUGUUGCAAUUUGGCUUGGCCUAGCUGCACAUGAGAGCGACCUCGCAUUUGAUACAAUGAAGGAAUGGAAGGCGAAAUUCGACAGACUAAAAGAACAGUUUAAUGGCUCUGAGGAGUUAGCAGUCACAAGCAUCUCUUCGAGCGACGAUUUCUAUUUUGGUCCACGUGGCUCGGAACCACACAAGGCACUGAAGGCAUUACGCAUGCUAUGUCGUCGGCCUUGGUGGGAAACAGCAUGGAUUGUACAAGAGAGAACCUUUGCCAAUCCUGAUCGCACGAUAUUAUUUUACGGAAGCCGUAGCAUUGACUGGAUCCAUUUAUGA